ACGAUUUAUUAUUAUUACUCGUUCAGUCGUCAACUUCAGUCGAUUUUCGAAUUUAGUGUGGUGAUAGCUAACUGUGAUAAGUGUUCCAAAUUUUGUUGUUGGCGGGCAAAAUCAAUGAACUACAUCUAUUAUUUGUCGACAAUCUACCAGAGAGUAAAUAGAAGAUUAUUUUCGGUUAGUGGAAAAUAUUUGGCAAAAAGCAGCGCAAAAACUGCACGUCCGAUUAUAAACAUCCGCUGCAUUGUAGGACUUCGAAUUCUUUUGCGGUCAUUAAUCUUUUUUAGAUUUCUCGCUAGAUUUAGAAGAAUUGACGGUGUUCCCUAUACCUACCUGACAUCCACAAUGGAUACAUUCCGAGAAGAAGUUAUCAAGUGCAUCAGAGGAUGUCUUAUUUCAACAAAAGAGAUGGUCUCAUUGAAACAGUUGAACAAUGACUAUUACACAUUGAUUGGAGAGAGAAUACCAUACCAGAAAUUAGGUUUUAAGAAAUUAGAAGAUUUUAUUCAAUCUUCUAAUGAAUUGGAACUUACAAAAAGAGGGACGGAGUAUUUUGUCUGUGCUGUACCUGAUAAGAAAUCAUCUCACAUCAUCAAAUUGGUGUCGAAGCAGAAAACUAGUAGCAAAAGAAGACUGCCGACACAUAGAGUUCGCUUUCACUUACCUCAACAGCAAGCGCCGAGAUUUGCAAAUGGCCGUCACCCAACAAGCAACUGGCGGCCGAAAUCUAACGCAGGUUUGUGGAACAAUUACAAAGAGCCUGCAAGGCCGCGAAGCGUAGCGCAUUCCCAAUUUAUUAAUCAUAGCUUUAAUAAGUCGAAUUCGGUAGAGUCAAAGGUGGUGAUACCUGAUUAUUCUUCCCUUAAUAUUCAAAUUAAUACUCCAAUUUACACCUCGUUCGAUAGAGAUAGUAAACAACAGGGAGCUAAAAAAGAUAUCCAGGGUAGGUUGGGCGUAUCCAAAGUUAAAGAUGUUCACACUUCUAAUGAUUCCGAGAAAAACAGUAAUCAGCAAAGAAAACAGUCAGUGAGCGACGGUAUACCUAGCGUUCCAACUACACCCACAUUUGAAGAAUCAUCCCAGCAAGUGGGUUCUGCGAGGCAAAGAAUCAGUAGGAUGAUGUCAGAAAUAACUUUGGGAAGGGAUAGUGGCAAUAGUAGUCCUGUCAGUGACACUUCGCCACCAUCUCCAUGCAAAGUACCAGAAUUUGUGCGUACAGAUAACCCGUUUGCUGAUCUCGAAGCGUUCGCUGCGUUAUAUCAAUUAGGCGAGGUCGAGGUGCGAGAAGUGAAAAUCAAAGGAAACCAGAUUAUGUUCAGUUGCAAAAUUAAGAUUGGAAAGCAUACUUACAGCAGUUAUCCGAAGGACUUUUCGAAUGAAAAGGGCGCGAAGAACUUUUGCUGUGAAGUAGCGCUGAGCGACCUGUUGCCUAAAUAUCACAGGCGGAAGUCGUUGCUUAUAUCGUGCGAGGUGGACGUGCUGGAACGGAUACCGCCUAUUCUUGAGAAACACAAUAACGGCAUCUGGGCGAAGCAACUGAAGCUCGACUACGCCGAUCGAUAUAAGGAGCAGUUACCAGACGAUUGGUUGCAGAUAGUCGACUCGAGUCCGUUGGUACAGAUUGAGGCAGUCUCAGACGACCACAUCCUGCAGUACUGCAAAUCCGGUGUCGUUUCUGGCUGUAAUAUAACCACAUAUGGGGGAGUGGGUUUGCCGCAUAAGAAGGGACAGAGACGAGGCAUCGGCAUGACCAUUUACAACGUUUCGGUUCCGUCGAAAACGGUAGAAUUCGGCGAGGACGGAAAGUUGAUCGGCCAGAUCACUUACGUAAUGUCGGCGAAUGAGAUUUGGUGUCAGCAAAUUCAAACCAAGGAAUUCGAGCAGUAUUUGGGGAUGAUGGGCCGCAUGGAGCUGUACUACAGCAGCCGCGAGGACAAUUUGAAGGCUUUCAACAUUGUGGCGUCGGGUUAUUACGUCGCGAAAGUCGACGGUUGCUAUUUCAGAGUCAGAGCGGUUAGCGUGACGGAUAACGAAGUGAACUGUUUCUGUAUCGACUACGGGGACGAGGUGAUGGUCCACAAGACCGAUAUAUUCGAGUUGAAGAGGGAAUACGCGACCACGCAGGCGCAGGCCUUUGUAUGUCGUCUAGCUGGGUUAGAAGAAUUAUACGAGAUUUCUGUAAACUCCGAACUUCUGGCCGAUCUCGUUAACAUGCAGGUUAUUUUAGAACUAGCCGAGGCGUGUUCUGACAGAGAAAAUGUUAUUCCUGUGGUAAUGUAUGAAGUUGAAACUGGUAAUUUUAUCAGUGGAAAUUUGAUACCGAAACUGACAAUGGAAUCUGCCUUGCCGGUCCUUCACAAGGAAGGGAUAACCGAAGUGUACGUCUCUCACAUUGAAAGCCACGAUGAAAUUUACGUGCAAACGCAAAAUUACGGCUUUGAACAUUUUAACAAAAUAAGGGAAGCCCUUGAAACUGAUAUUAGCACUCGAAUUGGAGAUAGGCUAGAACCCGUCACUCAAAUCAAUAGCAAUAAUAAGCUUUAUUUUGCGAGAUCCAAGUCCGAUGGACACUGGUACCGGAUAAAACUGAUCGACUGGUCGCCUCGAGGCGACUUUGCGAAGAUCCAUUACAUCGAUCGGGGGGACGCCGACAUUAUCCAAGUCGCUGUCGAGAAGCUGUACCCACUCGACAGACUUAGCGACGUUUUGUGCCAGUACCCGCCGCAAGCGGUCCGGGUUCGAAUGGUGCUAGAGGAGGUUCCGGAUGAUUUCGCGGAACUCGCCGGGAAGCACAUGCCUCCCGACCAAGCCAUUCUACUGAAGGUGCUCGGCGAAGACGAUGUGCCUCCCGUCGAAUUCUUCAAGAGGAGCGAGGACGGAGGACUGUUUUGCAUCAAUAAGUCAAUCGCUAUGGAUAUGGAACUGAGGUUUGGCCAAGUAUAAUUUAAUUCGCAAAAAGAGGGGAUGUAACCGUUAGAAAGUAGAGUAAUUCCGCAAAAAGGUAAUUAACAUAUUUAAUCAGAUAUACAAAACAAAGCAGGUAAUAGAAUACCACUGGGACGUAUUCGGGGGUUUAUAUUAUUUAUAAUAUUUCUGCAUCAUCUUAGUAUAAUUGCAAAUAAUUUCAAAUCUUGUCGUGUCUGCAUAACAACCAAUGCAGAAAAUGUUUUUGAUUUUGGCAGGCAGUUAGUUUUUGAAUGAGGAUAAAACUGUAUUGUACCGAGUGUAAUAAAAAUAACACAACAUUUUUAGGCAUUACUGUCGGAAGAUUUUUUUUUGUCAUGGCAAGGUUAAUUCACCAUUGAUGAUUGAAAAAGAGUAGUAUUUAAGAAUAUAAAUCCAAAACACCUUUAAUAUGUAAAUCGUUGGAUUAGGUAGUUUAUAGUAUUUGUGAUUUAAAAAUGAAUAAUGAGGGUUAUGUCAGAGAGUAUUUAAGAAACUAGGUCUGGAAGUGUUUGUUAAAAUGUUCAAGAAACGGCUUAAAAAAAAAAAAAAAACGAUUUUGUUAAAAUUUGUCAUAAAGGUUAAAGCAGUGGCGCCCCGGAAGGUUCCUUGAUGAAUAGAGAGGUACCACACUGAUUUUUAAUUAAAGGACAACCUUUUUCACCGUUUGCGUGUCUUGCUUCAUUUUAAAGCCAAAAAAUAAAAAUAGUUUUGACCUUUUGAUAAACUUUGUUUAAAAAAUUAACAGUAAAGAAAACAAUUUGAAAAUGACCAUCAUCAGCUUCAUUGCAGGCAUGUACUGUCGUCAUUUUAAUUUAUCCAUUUGUUAUUUUUUGUAAAUGCAUUCAAUUAUUGAACAAAGUACAAAAUGAUAGAUUUUUUUUUUCAGGAAGGAAGAUU